ACAGGCAACAUGACAGCCACAGACUUUGUAGAGGAGAUUCACUCUGUGGGGGAGAGGCUGCUGCUGAAGCUGCGAGGACUGCCCAAGGCUGAGCCCGUGGAGCUUGUGGCCUUCUCCAUCAUCGUUGUCUUCACAGCUACCGUCCUGCUGCUGCUGCUGAUAGCCUGCAGUUGCUGCUGUGCUGACUGCUGCUCUGAGAGGAGAGACCAGAAGAUCCCUGUGCGGCCCAGAAAACCCAGAUGAAGGACAGCAGUGAGAUGCUCAAAGAGAAGCUGGACAGGAGCCUUCCGGUGCUGUGACACAGGCUAUCACCCAAAGAUCACCUGGCCCCAGCUCUGGCUUUGCCCAGGUGACAGGAUAGACAUCCGGAGCCUUAUCAAGAAAACAAUGUUGCUCAACCUGCCUGGGACACCCUGCUUAGGAGGAGCCAUUGUGUCACACUCAGAGAGCUACCUGGGUCUUCUGCUAAGCUGCUCCUUUUAGGGGCCCUGUAGUUUGAUAGGGAACAGCUCAUACUUGUGAGGAGUUCACCCUUGGGGCUCUGCUGACCUAUGCCAAAGAGAAGUAAACCAAUCAGGGACUUUAUGUAAUUUACUAGACGCCAAGCCUCCUGCCGAGGGGGAAGGAACGGGUCAGUAUUCUAGCUGAAAGUUGUCUGCUUAUUUCCAAGUAAAAGCUUUUUCGGUUAUGUUUAUGAGGUACGGUUGGGCUCUGUGCAUCAAGAGGGCAGUGCCAGAAUUCAAGGGGCAUGGCCAAUGACUGCUCUUUCUGGGCUACUGCUCUUCCUAUGCCUGUGAAAGCUGGAAAAUCACAGGAAGAAAUGACACACAGACACCAGGGCCAUGGAACCAAGGUAGGGACACGCACAAUAUUCCUAUUUUACAUAGUCUGCUAAGUGCUGGCUUCCAGCGUCCACUCUGUUGAGUGAUAGGUUGUUGCCCUAGAGCAGGCCCAAGAAUGCCUCUCAACAUUUCCCGCUGUCCUAACUUCCGUCUGGAUACCUCACAUUAGCAGCCUCAGGUCACUGGACCCAAUUGUCUGCAGUUGAAGAAAGGUAAGGGCCCUACUGUUGUCUAUCACACUUGAACCCUGACCCUCUGUCCUGUCCCUGCUUGUGUGCUGACUGCCUGAAGUCAGCACACACGCCCUCAGCUGACACUUGCCAGCUUUGUGACCCAAUCCUCUUAGCUAGGUUUCCCUGUGGUGAGAUGAUUAAUAGUGGCACCUGCUUCCUGGGAUACGCUGGGAGAACAGAGCAAGAUGGCCCAAGUCUAACCCAGAGCCGGACAUGCGUCACAUGGCCCGAGUCUAACCCAGAGCCGGACAUGUGUCACAUGGCCCGAGUCUAACCCAGAGCUGGACAUGCGUCACAUGCUCAGGAAUUAUGAACUAUCAUUAUUUGCCCCUCUAAAUGGGAGCUGACCCAGGGCAC